ACCACAUUUUAAUUUUAUAAAAAUCAUAAUGAAAUACUUCACAAGAUCAUAUAAACGUGAAAAAUUACUUGAGUUGAAAAAAACAUGUGUAAAAAAAUCUAAGGUUACAAGUAACAUUUCAACAUGUCCCUUCAACAAAAAGAAUGAUAAGAAAUACUAUCAGCAUUAUGUCGAUGACGCCAAAAAUACGAGGAUUGACUUAGUUAAUGAUGAUUGCCUGGCUGAAAUAUUCAUGUAUCUGUCAGCAUGUGAAAGACCGAAAAUUGCUUUGGUUUGCAAGAAAUGGAAAAGAGCCCUUGAUUAUGCUUGGCAGAAUGUAAAAAAACUUGAGCUAAUCCAUUGGGAAUAUAAUGAGUGCCCAAGUUAUUUAAAAAAAUAUCCAAAAAUUAAUGACCAAGUAAGAUUUUUGAAAUCGCUGCUUGAUAAAUGUGGUCGUUAUUUAACAGAAUUAGAUUUGACAGCCCAUGGUUAUUGUGGCAUAGUGCGAGUUAUUAAUGAAUCUUGUCCGAAUCUCGUAAAACUUCGGUUGAGAUUCAAGUAUAUUGAACCUGAAAUAUUAGUUAAUGCAUUUUCACGUCUAUCUAAACUGAAAGUAUUAAAAAUUAUAUUUCAAAUUCUUGAUGAUGAUGGAUAUAUACCUGAUACAUUAAUCAAUUCAUUGAGAAGCAUUGCUGGUACAUUAACUGAACUGACUCUGUCCAAUUGGAAUGAAGAAUACUUAUAUACAAACUUGAGAAUUCCACAAUUAUUCAUUCAUAUUAUUCCUGAACUAAAGGUCUUGAAAUUAAUUGAAACUGCUGGUAUACUAAUUGAUACCGACUUAUACAUGCACCUGCAACAUUUUGGAAUAUCAGUCAUCAGUCACGAUAGUGAGUUGUUUGAUCACAAGAUUAACGACAACAUACUUCCGUACGAAAAAGUUAAAACCCUGCAUUUGAAGGAUUUCGAAGCUACAGAUGAUUGUUUAUAUACUAUAGCCAAUUGCAUGAAGAACUUAAUGGGUUUGACGACAAAAUGUAAACGAAUAACCGAUACUGGUAUCGUAACUAUUUCAAAGAUAAAUAAUUUAAUAUUUCUUAUUCUUGGCGGCACUAGUCAAGUCACUGAUUCUUCGGUUAAAUUACUCAAAAAUUUAAAAUAUUUACAUUUACCAUACAGUAAUAAAAUUACUGAUGAUUCAGUCAUGAAAAUUCUUGAAAAUUCACCAGAAAUAAAAAACUUUUACGCAGUAGAAACAGCUAUAACUUUUGAAUUUAUCAAAAAAGCAGCAAAAUUAGCAUCAAUUCGAAAAAAAAAAUUGGAUUUAGGCAUUUCAAUUAAACCCGGUUUAAAACAAUAUGAAUCGCGAUAUUUGAAACUAACUCUAUUUAAUUCAUCAAUAGACAUUGUGUAUAAGUCGAAAAAAUUAAAUAAUAGUAAACGUACAAAAAAAAUAACAUAAGUUAUUAUUGUAUGAAUAAUAUAGUAUUAUUGAGAUAUUAUUAAUGUAUUGAAAUUAUGUUAUGAAAACUGGAAUAUAUAAUUUACAAUUUAGACGCAGUAAUUUGGUAAUUACCAGCUGGGUGAAUAAGGAAUUUAUUUUAUUUUAUCUUAAGUAUUUUAUUUAUCAAAAUUUUUUUUAUUAUCAAUUUGAAUAAAUUUUUUAUAUUUUAAAAUUAUUUUUUUGCUUGAUUUAUUAUUUUGAGAUUAUCCAGGCUAUCAAAUACACCAGGCUCUAAAUUUCCCUGUUCAUUUGUUUUAAAUCCAAAUAAUAAAAGAUUUUUCAAUGCACACAACAUAUUAUUUUUUUUAGUUGAAUAUAAAAUUGAAUCUAUCAUUUGCUUCAUUGAAAAAUCUUUCAUCAGUAUAAAAAAUCAGUAUAAAAAAUAAAUCAGUAUACUGAUGAAGACAGAUUUUUAAAUCUGGCGGCGAAUCGUACACACAUUGUAUAUGUUUUUAGGCUCUGUUCACAUCAUAGAAUUACCAACUAUUAGAAAAACAUUUUUAAUAUGUUGGCAACACAACAAUGUCAAUUAUUAAUUUUAAAUA